AUGCCUCCCAAAAAAACAACAGUGGACUCCGCCGAACUUCCUGAGCCGACUUCAAGCGAGGCUCCAGAGAAAGAGACGGCCGAGAAGAAAUCUGCGGCUGCGCCGCUGCGCAAACUAUCAGCCCACCCGACCACAGCCGUCAUGGUUAAAGAGGCGCUUCAGGCUCUGGACUCACGCAAGGGAGUCUCAUCCCAAGCGAUACAGAGCUACAUUAAAGAAAAAUACCCAUCGGUGGAUUUGGUGAGGUUGAAGCAUUUGGUCCGCAAUUCUCUGAAAAAGGGAAUAGAGACUGGCACACUGGUGAGGCCCGCCAACGCCAGCGUCACCACAGGCGCUAUGGGAAAGUUCAGGCUUGCACCGAAAGUCAAAGACUUGAAACCAAAAAGUGAGAACACGGAUCCCAAUGUGAAAACGGUUCCUAAAGCUGCCAAGGAUGGAGAGAAGAAACCAAAGAAAGCAGGUGUGAAACCAAGACACUGUGUGUACAUUGUCAUCCGAUUGUGUCUUAACAUUUCUUUUCUUUUUAAAGUUGCCCCUAAAAAGAAAAACCCUGCGAGUGAAGAGACGCUUCCCUCAGAGGACAAGCCUCCUAAAAAGUCCAAGAAAGCUGAAGGGGCUGCCGGACCAAAGGUUCCUCCAGCAAAGAAGCCAAAAGCUAAAAGUGCUGAUGGAAAAGGGAGUGAAGGAAGUUCUGAUGCAACCAAAACUAAAGCGGUAAAAGCCGCCAAAGGGACAAAGACUGGAAAGGCAGCCCAGAGUAAAGCUAAUAAAGUGGAUGCUGAUGGCCCUGCCAGUAAAGCAACGGGGAAACGAGGGAAGAAGACUGAGUAA